AUGGAGGAAGGGUCAAGAUCUCAAAAAAUGGGUCUCCUCGGAGCCAUUUCCUAUAUUGUUGGAAACAUUGUCGGCUCUGGGCUUUUCAUUACCCCAACGAGUAUUAUCAGAAAUGUUAAUUCGGCGGGAUUUUCUUUGGUUAUUUGGAUAACCUCAGCACUUAUUGCGAUGCUCGGAUCAUUUUGCUAUGUCGAAUUGGGAACGUCGAUUCGGUUGAGUGGAGGAGACUUCGCCUAUCACUGUUUCAUGAAAUGGUACCCGGUUGCGUUUGCAUUCAUGUGCAUUGGAUGCACUAUUAACUACCCGGCCACAUUGGCCGUGCAGGCUCAGACAUUUUCAAGAUACGUUCUAGAGGGACUCAAUAUCAAAUUAGAUCCGACUUCUCGGUUUUGGGCAGAAAAAUUGCUUGGUUUCUCAUUGAUUACUCUUCUAAUGUUCAUGAACUUCUUCUCUUUGAAAACAUUUGUUCAAAGAUUUUCGAUUCUCGCUUCAAUCGCAAAAAUGGCCGCAACUCUGCUCAUUAUCGGAACCGGCUUCUAUUUUCUCAUCUUCCGCGGAUGGACUCAAAACUUGAAAAAUCCGUUUGCCGGAACGGACUACAUGCCGGGACCAGUGGUAAAUGCUCUGUUUGCCGGUUUGUUCUCAUACGAUGGUUGGGAUAUUUUGAAUUUCGGCGCCGAGGAAAUUGAAAACCCAAAACGAACAAUGCCACUCGCAAUUAUCAUCGGAAUGACGUGCAUUGGGAUUAUUUACGUCGCCGUUAACAUCUCCUACAGUAUUGUGUUGUCAGUUCCUGAAUUGAUGGCUUCCGAUGCUGUUGCUAUUGAUUUCGCAAAGAAAACGCUCGGAACUGCCGAUUUCAUAAUGCCAAUUAUGGUUGCAAUCCUCCUAAUUGGCUCCUUGAACAGCACGAUGUUCUCAGCUAGUCGUUAUCUUCAAGCCGUUGCUCGUCAGGGACACAUUCCGACGGCGAUUUCUGGAAUCACACCACAUUGCGAUUCGCCGAGGGUUGCAUUAUUAGUUCAUAUUUUCAUUGCAAUUGUGGUGUCGUUUUUGGGAGAUCCCGAUAAUCUUAUCAAUUAUGUGGCAUUUGCUCAAUGGUCCCAAAGAGCUUUCACUAUGUCAGCACUACUUUGGAUUAAAUUUAGGAAUCGUCCACUUCAUCCUGAUCGUAUUAGCCUUCCAAUUAUAAUGCCAAUUUUAUUCUUCUUGGUAUGCUCUGCAAUGGUCGUGAUCAGCAUAAUCGAUGACAUUCAAUCGUCGGGAGUUGGUCUCGGAAUCCUUCUCGGAGGUCUCAUUAUUUUCACAAUUUUUGUCUGGGAAAAAUCGCUGCCUUCGACGAAAGCAUAUCAGAAAUUUUCGGAGAGUGUCAACGAGGAUACUACAAAAUUCCUGCAAAUAAUAUUUAAUGUGAUGCCAGAACGGGUUGGAGAUGAGGAAAUGUUGAAUGCAAUCGGAUCAUCGCAAGAAACAAAUAAGAUUCAUCCCGCAAAUCAGAAAAUCACUACUGCCAGUUUUUCCUCAAAAGAUAGUUGUACAAAAAUGUAG